UCGUGAAAGCGGUGAAAGUUCUUCCUUCGGUGUUCACAACAGAGAAGACAGGACCUGACUCUGUUGUUGCGGAAGAACCAACAGGCCAUGAGUGUCUCGGCCAGCAGCACAGUAGCUGUCACGCACUGCAGCGUGACAUACCUGUUGAACUUUCAGACGACUUCCAGGAAGUUUUAGAUGAGUUGAUCAGACAUGUAAAGCCUGUGUUAUUUAGGCUACAGAGUUAUGGAGUUGUACCACAGACUAAGACGCUGUCGAAAUUAAAUCCAGAGUAUACAAGAUUCAUUUGGAAGCAAACCCAAAUGUCCCCUGAGGAAGGAGACCACCAAAGUGAUAUUCAUUGUUUGUCUGUGUGCUUGCAUGCACUUGUGUCUUCUGUUGAUGUUCUUAUGCAUAGUGGUUUGGAAGCCGCAAUAGCCUUCUUAGGCUCAAUAAAUGAAGAGCACAGCAGUUUAAUAAGAGGAGCUCUGGAAUCAAUACGGAGAUACCUCGUCAAAACACAAUUCACGUUUGAACAGCAGAAAAUUAUUCACCCAAAGCUUUCAAAGCUACUCAGCAUCGUAGCACGGUGGAGUAAAGAUCAAGACGCAGACGGCGCUAACGCUGCUAUCAUCGUUUACACUUUCCCUGAAAAGUUAACCAAAGAAAUUACAGAGAUACUGUCGGGUUUACACGGAGUUCAGACCAGGUUGUUUAACAAAGACACAGGAAUCAAUACUUCGCAGGAAGAAAAUGGACAAAUGGUCAUCUAUAUUGUAAAUGUUUUAGCGACAAACGAGGAUUUUCCGUGGACAAGAUUUGACUUUGUGCUAGACUACGACCUGACUGAAACGAUAACAAGGGAGGAACUUUCCCGCAGCACAAUACUUAAAUCUCAUAUAACCUUGAAGACGAUAUCAAAAAUUUCAGUGGAGAAGCAUUUAACUGAGGCUGAAGACAUCAGCGACACCAACUUGCUGAGGGACCAAGAUCAGUAAAUUUUCAUCGGUAGUGAAACCUUUACACAGAAUAAAGAUCUCUUGCAUCUCCUUGAAACUUGUCACAAUGUCAUGAUUUAUGAAAGACGAAGCAGUGAGACAAAGUCUGAAGAUUCUCUAAGAAAAAUGCUUCUACAGCCUGACGUCAUGAUUGACGAGAGAACCUGCAUUCAUCUCCAGCAUCUAUCAUCUCUUUUUGAUGAGGACAAAUAUGAAGGAUUGAGAGAUGUGGUGGUGUCACUGUCCCUCAAAUGCCACAAGUGUUAUAUUAUCAUGUAUUCUAACAAACAGCCAAACUGUGCCUUUACGGGAGACGUUCUUCGCCACCUAUCCUUUCUGUUUGCUAGCUUCGCUCAUUUUCAAAAGAACGAGUUUGAAGUGGAGAUUCUGUACUCUUUUACUAUUAAGGACACUGCUCGUCUCAUAAGGCAGAUAGGUGACAAAGCUAGGGUACAGUCCACAGUGUGGGAUAAGAUGGAAUGGCCGAAACGGAAAUGGUUAACAAACGAAGCAAGCGCGCAUGAAGAGUUCCUGUUGUCGCUGCCGUGUAUGAAUUCAUUCAGCGCACAAGUGAUGCUAACCGCUGCACCAUUAGCUGAGCUGUUGAAAAUGUCGCCAGAGAAAUUGAGGGAAACCUGCCCUUGGAUUCCGCCGAAAACUCUUUCAGAAUUUUACAAGUCUAUGAACUGGUGUUCUGAGUUAGACCGUGAUCUUUCAGUCUAUUCAGUUGCACGGCCGUCACUUCAAACUCCCUCACAAAGCUGCAUUGCCGUACAACCGUCACCGCAUCAAAAGUCCUUGGCUGCCUCAGAGGUCAAUUCUUCCCCUGAUAGCCUGGUUUCUACGAGAAGUGGCUCAGUGGAGUACACUGACUACAGGCUUAGUGAUCCACCGUUGUUUGGGGUAAACAUCCAACAUGGGCAAGAAACUACAAGAGACCAUGUAAAGGAUAGGGUUUACCAUAGUUACUCUCAAGAUAGACCUGUGAAUGAUUGGUCUGCUAGCGUCUCAGGAGAUCGCUUGAAUUCUAUUCGCGGUGUUUCUCACAAAGAUGAGGCGGGACAUUACCACCCUUCAUUCUCAGAUAUCUCUGAUACACUUGAGAGAGAGUGGAGACCCUUAGUAGUCAGAAAUUCAUCUUCAAAGUCAUGGAAGGACCACGUUGAAUCAGAUUUGAGGCGAUGUAUCACAGAGGAAAAGGUACCACACGUCAGGUAUGAUCACCAAGUAACAAGCAACUAUCCAGUUCAAAGUCAUCAUUUUCCGGAAUUACCUGGUUCCUACCGAUCAAGGCCUGAAGAAAUAAUCCAUUUAAGAGAAGACUAUGCAGACUACUCGACUUCUGACGAAGACCUAUGUCUUACUGCUUCAAACUUUCCGACAGUAAUAGGACCUACAGUACACUCUUCGAGAGAAGAGUUUGAUCACUCUGAACACUCUUGGGACAAGAACGUCUUCGGUCGAAGGUACCAGAACCCCAGAGAUAACCGUAUUCAUCAGAUACCGCAAGCAUCUCUACUGGAUAAAGAUCAUUCAAGUAAACGGCAAGCUGUGCGAGUAUUAUGCCUUGGGAACGAGGCCUCCCGUGCUGUUCCAACCAAAGUGGGAAUAGCUCAACCACAGAGGAGAGUUUAUGGCUCAACUAGUUAUCAUCGAGUGUCAGUGCCGAGUACAUCAAGUCAAGUGCUGAGAGAAAAUGCUGUCGCAAGUAGACACAAAAGAUUAAGUCUUGGUAUUGAAAAAUCUACAAACUCUGUUUCAAGAGGCGCACAACAGAUACGCAAAGGGGAACAAGAGGUACAAACAAAUGAGUCGUGCCCAGACGAUCCCGAUGAAUGGUCUAUCUUCCCUUCGUACCUGUCCUCUAAACGGCGUAAGCUCACCUACGAAAAGAUCCUCGGGGCAGAAAGCGGUCAAACUAAGCUUGUGUUCAAGUACGACAAGUAAUUUGGAAAAUUCUUAAAAAA